UGCUAUCAACAAAAAUAGAGCGACAAUUUUGAAAAAAAAACAAACAAUAUUUUUCACUUUCUGAAACAGAUCAUUUGUUUGUAACCAUACUUAAAUGGCCUAUCUUUUACAUGCAUAUGUAUUUUUUAUUGUAUUGUGUUGCAGCAUUAUGGGUCCUAAAAAAUUGUCAGGUGCUCAGAAUAGAAAACGGAAGGCCCUUAUGAAUUUGGAGGACCAGAAGAGUGCUGGAGCAAUAAAAAAAUAUUUUGGAACACCAGCAGCUAGUGGCUUACAAACCACAGAAGAAAAAGGUGAAGAAAGCUGCAGUGGCCAAAGUGAUGACCAUGUGCAUGUUCAGCUCAGUGAGCCUUCACCAUUAAAAACAUCCUUGGAAGAAGAGGAUGCGAAUACAUCUUCUAGCCCUAUGGUUUUUGAUGAAAUCACUGAAAAAAGAAAAGAUCGGGAAAGCUGCAGUAGCCAAAGUGAUGUACAUCUUCAGCUUAGUGAUCCUUCAACAUCAAGGACAUCUUUGGAAGAAGAGGAUGCUAAUACACCUUCUGGCCAAGUGUCUUCUGAUGAAACAAACACAUGUGAAAAAUCAAGCUUCACAGAUCCUGCUUUGUGGCCAAAAUUGAUUUCUAAGAAUAUUGAUAGCAUUUUAGAGGUUGGUCCUGUACAGGUGCAAGAUGUUGAUUUUAAAAAAGAUGCCUAUAAUAGGCAUUUUUCUUCAGCAUUCUACAAAAGGAAAUUAGACAGUGGUGAAGAGCAAAAACGACGAUGGUUGGUAUACUCCUCAUCUGCCAAUAAAGUAUUCUGUUUCUCUUGUAAAUUAUUCGAUAAGAAUCCUAAAACAUUGCUUGCCCUUGGAGGAUCAGAUGACUGGGCACAUAUGUCAAGUAUGUUGAAAUCGCAUGAAACCUCCAGUGGUCAUUUUACAGCCCAGCAGAUGUGGCAUGAAACACAAAUGAGACUGAAAUCAAAACAAGCGAUCGAUCAAAACUAUCAAAAUCUCAUGAGCCGUGAAAGGCAACACUGGAGAUCUGUGAUGGAGAGGCUGUUAAGCAUUGUCCAGUUUUUAGCAGAGCGUAAUCUGGCCUUCAGAGGAUCUUCAGAUCGACUUUUUACAUCCAAUAAUGGAAAUUUUUUAGGUCUCGUAGAACUAUUAGGAAAAUAUGACAGUGUGAUGGCAGAACACUUACACAGGGUGGUAUCAAAAAAAACUGCAGACCACUACUGCGGAAAAAACAUUCAAAAUGAAAUAAUAAAUCUUAUGGCGAAACAGGUAAUUGAGGACAUUUUACAACGCUGCAGAAAUGCUAAAUAUUUCUCCAUUAUUCUUGACUGCACUCCAGAUAUUAGCCAUAAGGAGCAAAUGUCUUUUACUAUUCGAUUUUUGGAAGACGUUUCUGGAAAUUUUCAAGUAAAGGAACAUUUCCUUGGGUUCAAUAAAGUAGAGGACACAACUGGAAAAGGAUUAAGUGAUUUCCUCCUUGAAUUUCUUUCAGGAAAAAAUUUGGAUAUCGAUAAUUGUCGUGGACAGGGUUAUGACAAUGGAGCCAAUAUGGCAGGAAAAAACAACGGAGUUCAAUCCAAAAUUCUAAACUUAAACCCAAGAGCAGUAUUUGUACCAUGUGGCUGUCAUUGUCUCAAUCUUGUAAUUGGAGAUGCAGUACGCUCAUGCAAGGAAUCAAUGCAACUAUUUGGUAUCAUUCAGCGCCUUUAUGUUCUAUUCUCAGGAUCAGUAAAGAGAUGGAAAAUUUUGACUGACCAUGUUUCUGGCCUCACUUUAAAACCUUUGUGCACCACACGGUGGGAAUGCCGUAUAAAUUGUCUUAAACCACUAAGACAUAAUCUAGGCGAAAUACAAGAAGCAUUGAUUGUUUUGUCUGAGGAAACCCACACUGAACCGAACAUUUGUCAUGAGGCUAACACACUAGCUCAGCAGAUUGUGGAGUUCAAAUUCAUCAUGUCAUUGUGUUUUUGGUAUGAGAUAUUGUACCAAGUUAAUAUUGUGAGCAAAGCUAUGCAGAAUGAGACUGCUGAUAUAAUUUUAGUCUCAGACCUAAUCCAGAAAUGUCACAAUUUUUUAAUAAAUUUCAGAGAGUCUGGAUUUGAAAGGUCCUUUCAAAUUGCAAAGGAACUAGCAGAAAAAGUGAAUGUGGAGCCUGUUUUUGAAAAGUCUUCUCGUAUUCGCAGAAAAAAAGCCUUGUUUGAAUACGAAAGCCAAGAUGAACCUUUAACAGAUCCCACGGAGAAAUUUAAGAUUGAUUUUUUUUAUGUUUUGGUUGAUACUGCUACUAAAUCUUUGGAGGAGCGUUUUACUCAGAUGGAACGACACAACAAAGUAUGGAGAUUUCUAUACAACAUGAAACAACUUCCAGCAAGAGAAAACUUAAGGGACUGUUGCCUGCAGUUACAGAAGGCAUUAGAGAAGAGCAGCCAAUCAGACAUUAAUGGUCUAGAUCUUUCAGAAGAGCUUUGGCAUAUUCAAAGCCUACUACCUCAAGAUGUCACAGCACCCCGCCAUACACUCAAUUUCAUAGUGAGAAAUGGCCUGACUGACACAUUUCCAAACAUGUGGACAGCAUUUCGGAUUCUCUUAACAAUUCCGGUUUCUGUGGCAUCAGGAGAACGCAGCUUUUCCAAGUUAAAACUUAUUAAAACUUAUCUGAGAUCAUCAAUGACUGAUGACAGACUAACCUCUUUAUCAGUCUUAUCAAUUGAAAGUGAUGUAUUGAAGACAUUGGACAUGAACAACGUGAUUGAUGAGUUUGCAAAGGGAAAAGCACGUAAAGUUGCAUUUUGAACACACAUUUACCCCUUUACACUGGAACGUUAUUCGAGCGUUCUUGAGGCGUUAUUCGAGCAUUAUUCAAACGUUAUUUGAGGUUAUUUGAGCGUUUAUUGAGGCGUUAUUCAAGCAUUAUUCAAACGUUAUUCGAGUGUUAUUCAAACGUUAUUUGAGCAUUUAUUUGAGGUUAUUUGAGCGUUAUUGAGGCGUUAUUCGAGCAAAGCCUCAUCUGCAAUCCCAAUGUGCUGGUAAAGCACCGCUAAAAC